CCAAGGAAGAAGGAGCAAAACUCUACCUUACAGUGUCUCCAGAUGGUGAGAUGUAAGCUGGCCUGGCAGGAUGCUCCAUUUGCAACAUACCAUGGGAAUGUGGAACCUUAACAACUGGCAGCACGCAUGACCUAAAGGAAGAAAGAUGGAGAAAUACAAUCCAUCAAGGUCAUCAUCUCCCAAUCACAGGAAGCUGAAGAUGGAUAUUAAGCGUGUGAAGGACACUCUCUAUUGGCUGUACUACCAGUACCUACUGAUCACCUGCAGCUACGUGCUGGAGCCCUGGGAGCAGUCCAUGUUCCACACCAUCACGGUGACUGUUUUUGCCAUGGUGGUGUACACAGCCUACGUCUUUGUCCCCAUCCACGUCCGCCUGGCUUUGGAGUUCUUCUCCCAGAUAUUUGGAGGCCAGCCCGAAAGCCCCGUUUCCAUCGUGAACUGAACUUGCCCGAGUAGUGAUGAGCAGCUCCUGCAACUUGUGAAAUGCAGUGUCUUCUUCAGUUUUGUGUAUUUAUUCUGUAGCAGUCUGGAAGUCGUCCCGUUGGCUUGCUUACUCACCACAGCCAAGAACUAGAAUAAUGCACUGAGCACGGGCUGCACAGGCCCUGGGAAGGGAAACACAAGCCAGCUUUUGCUGGGUGAUAAAGAAACACAUCACCUGGAAUGCCAUGUUUGCCCAGUAUCCCACCAUCUCCCACUUUCAGCACCCUAAUUUAAUCCCACUGGCACCUACGAAACAGCAAAGGCUGUUUAUGAGGGCUGGGUGGAGGGGUACUACAGUCAUUACACCUACAAAGAAGUUCUGCCAGCAGAGUGCAGUGACAAAACAUGCCUUCUUUGACCCAAGUUUGAGAGGAUAAGGAGAUGAGUGUCACACAGCGUGAUUUGAGUACUCUUAACUGGCUGGUUAUUGACUUCUGUUUUUUUAAUGGAAGGAGAGGUAAUUAGAAGAGAAAGUAAUAGGAACAUGAACUUGAAUCCGACUUUUUUGCAUCUCAGUUGCUGCAUCUGAGUGUAGAUGGUCAAAGAUAGUAAAAAAAAAUAUAAAAAUGCUGUAGACAAUCUUGCAGUUUACUGAAAAUGACAGAAACAAACAGAAAUAGCUCUGCUUCAGUGCACUCCUGACUUCUCUGGGAAAAAAAAAAUAAGACAUUUUCUUUCUGCUCCCAUUCACCAAGGCAAGCAAAGUGCAUGUCUGCACAAAAGUAGGAAGAUGAUCCAGAAAAUAGACUGAAAGUAAUAUUUUAAUCACUGCAGGGAAGUCUGAAUGCUUCAAGAGGUCUUCUUUAUAAAGAAUAAAUUAGAUUUGUUAUAAUUGCCUGUGGGGAGUUUCUUGAACAAUGGAGGGUUUGUUUGUUUUCACUCUACACCUAAAUCAAAUGUUAAUGCCAAACCCUAAGUUGCUGCUAUACAGUGCAUGUAUCUAACAGCUGAUGCUACUGUGAUUACAAGUGAGAGGUGCAAAACUUAAAUAGCUUUCAAAUUAUGUAGGCACACUUAGAGGAUUAACAAAAACCCUCUUAACCUCUUUAUCAAGCUGCAGUGGGGUCCUGCACGCUUAAAAGAAGAUAGUUUAUUUGGAAACUAAGACAUGUUUUGAAUGUUGAUGUGUCUGCAGGUUUUUUUCAUGAAAAAAAUAAAAUUUCAUUCUCAGAAACAACAUU